GGCCACAUAAUUCCACGACCACAUUCCAAGUCCCUCCGCUACUUAGGAGGCGAAAGCCACAUCGUUUCCUUUCUGUCCUCCACCGCUAUCUCCAUUUCCUCCCUCACUGCUCAUCUCAUCUCCACCCUUCACAUCAACACGCCGUUUAUGGUUAAGUUUCAACUUCCUCAUCACGACCUUGAUGCCCUUAUCUCUAUCACUAACAAGGAUGAUCUCCAAAUCAUGCUAGAGGAACUCGAACGCCUUUCUGCCUUGCCUGAUCCUUCUCGCAUCUAAUUGUUCCUCUUCCCCGUCAAGCCCUGUCCGCUGGUUUGCACCGAGUCCAAUCUGUCAGAGUCAGAGCAACCAGUCAUGCAUCGGCAAGAGGGAAACAAAGGCGUUCUUAGCUUGGGGCUGCCUGAUGCUGAGUUGACUUGGACUGAGUUGAGUCAAGUCCAGUCGGGCAAGAGCGAGUUGAAUCACCACAUCAACCUCGCGAUUAUGCCAGGGGACUGUCGUUGCUUGUCGCCAUCAUCGACGUCGUCCACACUAUUCUCUUAGUUGGCCCAUAAAAUCGACGCAUUCGUCCGGAUCUCUCGCGGUUUGAGGCUUCCCUUGGCAUCGACAAUGGCUCUGCUGUCGAGUGAAAGCCUUUGAGUCUUUCUCGAAAACUAACCAGUGCAACCAUCGCACUUAACGGUGAAUAAACAGUGCCGUUAGCU